AUGCCCGCCCACGCCAGUUCCCUAGUCGCUGGCGCCGCGAAACGUGCAGGCUCCCGCGCGCGUCACAUCGACACGGACACGAAGGACAUGCACAGCCGUGAUGCGUAUUGCGGCGCACGCUUGCGACGUCCAUGGUCUCCGCGCUGCCAGCCCGAGAGCUGCGAUAUGCGCCCUUUCCGCCGACCAUUGAUGCAGAUGUUCGCGUCAGUGAGCCGCCGGGCCUUGCAGGUACUCGCGUGUUCGGAGCCGCGCGGUGGCGAGCUGCAGUUGAUCAUUCUGCAGAAGAACAUGCAGAUGGCGGGAGCACUGUAG